AUGCCGCUGAAGCCCCAACCCCAACCCCAGCCGCGGCCCAGUGGCAAGCGGACUCCCUGUGUGCUCAGCAGACCGCCAGCACCGCCGCCGCUCGGCCCAGAGGCGGGAAUGGCGGUUGUCGGCUCGCGUGUCAGUCGACUCCUGCGGGACGCCCGGGCCGCCGUGCAGCAACGACACCGCCCAGACACACCGCCCAUCACAACAACGACAACAGCGGCAGCCGCAGCGGCAGUGAGGCGACAACCAUUGCCGUUGCCAAAGCGUGGAAUUCGACUAACCGCAAUGCUUACCUCCACGCCAUCAGAGACGUCACAAUUAGUAACAAGCGCGCAGCAGCUUGAUAAAGCCUCUUUUGAAUCUUCUCUGGAUGCUGUUAAAGGAGUUCCUUCAGCACAACUGGAAAAAUUAGGUGAACUUAAACGUUGGUUGGUUAACCCCCAACAUCUUCUUUGGGAUUCCGUGGUGACCCGUUUAGUAGAGAUGGUCUUAAUGCCAAGUACAGAUGUACGUGUUGUAAUAAGUGCCGUAUCAAUUCUUUUACGAUAUAAUUAUGUUAAUAGUUUUCCUUCACUUCCUGUGGUUGUACGUCGUCUACAUGAAUUAUGUGAAGGAGGUAUGGAGAAGCAACUUUUAGAGGAUAUACUAAUGCGUGAAUCCCUUCUUCAACCCCUUUUACAUUUACUUACGAAUGAAGAAUUAUUAUUUCAUCAGCCUGGUGUGUUGUGGGAUGUUUUAGAAACUUUACGUUCCUGUAGUGCUAACAGUGACGUGAUUUUAACACAGUUAGUAACAUUAGGAGUAAUUCCUAACUUAAAUACAGUACUCCAACGUAUUCUCACAUUUUCAGGUAAUUCACCAUCUAAGUCAUUCACAUCAUCUGACAGUUCAUUACAUACCCUUAUUCCUCCACUUUGUUUAAUCUAUCGCAACUUAAGUACAGAGUAUUCUCAUCACCUACGCAAAUUAGGUUCACUUGACCUUAUUAUAAGUGUACUGGAACAAUUUCGAGGGGAUGAUGAUGUUGUACAAGCUGCUGCACGAGCUAUGGCAAAAACAGUCUUUGAUGAUGGAUGUUUAGAACAUUACCAAGAUGGUACCCGUGCUUGUAAUGCUGUGGUUGGGUCUCUUGAAGCGAGUAUAGAUGUAGGAGGUUUGUCUGUUAGCCGUCUUUGUGGAGCAUUAGCCAGACUUGUGGAAGGGAGUAGAGAACUUCGUGAUUGGCUUAUGCAUCAUCAUCAACGCAUGUUAAUUCGUCUUGUGAGGAGAUAUAUUGCUCCAUUGCCAUCUAAACAGGAAGAAAAAGAAGAUGAGACUACAAAAGAUACGAAGGAGGGCACGACAACAGAAGGUGUAGUAGACUUAUCACCAGAUAUGGAAGAUGCGGAAUUGGAUGAUUUACUGCAAAGUAUUACGUGGCUUAUUGGAGUGGCCGCUGUAAGUGCAGAGUGCUCACCUGAUUUUGUACUUGAGAUAACUCCACUACUUGUGAGCUUUCUUAAAAAUCUCGACAUGAAUAAAAAACGUCUUACUUUUAUUCUUACCCUUAUGUGUAUGAGUAACCUUUCUUUUUUCUUUGAUGCACUGGACAAGACAGAAAAGGGUCAUGAAGCUCUUGUUGAUAUUUACGCAACUGUAGGAUUUAUACUCGCUGGUGUUCUUUUCGAUGGUGAUACAGAAGCCACUGUUGAGGCCACACGUAUACUUGGAAAUAUGAGUCUUACAAAUGCUGGACGAGAUUGGAUGGAAACAAACCGAUGUGAUGAAGUAUGUAUUGUCUUUCUUGGUCAUGAGGAUCCCCGUAUUGUAUACAACUGUUUUGGGGUAUUGCUUAACUUAACAGCGGCAGAUUCCUGUCGUGUGGCUUCUGAUCAGCAAUUACUGAGUAUGUUACUGCAGCACACAGGAAGAUACACCCGUGAAGAUUGUAUUGCUGCAGAGAAGGCACGGGAAUGCAGUCGACGUGGAGUUGUUGCAGGUGCUGCUGGUCGUGCGGGUGGUUCCAGCGGUGAUGGAGAGGCGAUGGAGGAUCUACGAUACAUUGAUCAAAUCGCCGAUGUAGUGGAGAAACUUCUACUAAACCUCAGCGCUCUCAUAUGA